AAUAACGUUGUUUUUUUCUUCAUUUAGGGGAGGGUUAACUUAGUAAGAACGUUGCGCGAUCGAAACUUCAUGUAGUGCGCAUCCGGAACCUUCGAAGGGGGAAGACUUUAACGGAAGGACAGAACACUCGUGCAAAGAUGUCAGACGUACCAGAUAAUGCAAAUGAGCACUGCCCGGGUACAGAAAGUGAGCAAGCAGGGAAGACCUCGUCAUGUCAGGGCUGUCCCAACCAGAAAAUAUGUGCUUCUGGAGCCACCAAGGCCCCCGACCCUGCCAUAGCCGAGAUAGGAGUGAAGCUGUCAACAGUCAAACACAAGAUCCUCGUGCUGUCUGGGAAAGGAGGAGUAGGGAAGAGUACCUUCAGCGCUCACCUGGCUCACGCCUUGGCAAGUGACAGCACGAAGGAGGUUGCCCUGCUGGAUGUAGAUAUCUGUGGUCCAUCUAUUCCUAGGAUCAUGGGCUUAGAGGGAGAACAGGUUCACCAGAGUGGCUCAGGCUGGUCUCCUGUGUAUGUGGAUGACAACCUGGCAGUCAUGUCUAUUGGCUUCCUGCUCAGUAGCCCUGAUGAUGCUGUCAUAUGGAGAGGACCCAAGAAGAAUGGGAUGAUCAAGCAGUUUUUGAGGGAUGUUGACUGGGGGGAACUGGAUUACCUCAUCGUGGACACGCCCCCUGGCACGUCUGACGAACACCUGUCAAUCGUCCAGUACCUAAGCUCCACCCACGUGGAUGGAGCUGUCAUCAUCACCACACCACAGGAGGUCUCGUUGCAGGAUGUGCGAAAGGAGAUCCGGUUCUGUCAGAAGGUCAAGCUGCCGAUCAUCGGAGUAGUGGAGAACAUGAGUGGCUUCGUUUGUCCUACAUGCAAGAACACGUCACAGAUCUUCCCUCCCACCACCGGGGGCGCAGCGCAAAUGUGUGCAGAUCUAGAUCUACCCCUGCUAGGAAAGGUACCUCUAGACCCGAGGAUAGCACGAAGCUGCGACGAGGGCAAGUCUUUCCUCAGUGAAGUACCUGACUCUCCUGCUGCUAAAGUCUACCUGAGUAUUGUGCAGAGUAUUAAGGACUACUGUUCCAACCGUGUGACAGAGGAGCAGAGGUCUGCCUGAACUCCCGAUGAGGACGGACAUAUUGGACCAGAACACUGAGAGAGAUCACAGGUUGAGAGUGUGGUAGAAAUGAUUAACUACUGAAUUAGAAUCCCACACACAUAGGAAAGAUAAUACCAUUAAUAAUGCAACAUUCACCAACGCCUAACAGAAUUAUUUCCGCAUGAUUAUCAGUCAUAAAAAGACCAAAACGACAAUGUGUUUCUCAAUACCGUCAGCAAUACACAAGCCCAUUGGUUCAUGCUGAAGAUGUAUGCUUAAACCCACAACAGCUGGGCUCUGUAGUUUGUACUAAAUGUUACUCAAACAGGAGUAAACGGUGCAUUUAUUGGGGACUAUUUUCUGCUGUGGAUUAAUACACAUUUGGUGUUCGAGUGAGUGUUUCUAGCAGCAGGAUGGAAUUGUACUCAGGAGAGACUCAAAAUAAACUGCAGGGCCCUGUUCAUCAUGACAAAGGAAGAGGUUUUUCAGUGCAGCAGUGGCUCAAUGAUUCUACAGCACAGAGGAAGUUUUAUGAGGCUUUGUAUUCAAAUGCAAUACUUCAUAAAUCAAUUUAUUGUUGUUUUUGGUCUGUACAUGGAAAUAGUUGACAAUAAGAAAAUAUGUAGAAUAUGACCAGACUUAUCCAUUCACGUUAAAGUUAUAGGUGGGGAUCUGAGCAGUGCCAGAGACUCGGUCUGGUAGGGCCCCACAUGUCAUGAUGACUUGUGGUUGAUUGUCUCUUUGUCCCGGAAUCAGACCGCUGUGGUGCGUCCUAAGAUACUGACUAUUUACAGUUCCUAGUUAGAUGAAAAUAGGUUUAGACUCUCCCUGUUGUGCUGUAGUAAAGGAUAUGCUAUUCAAAGCUCUGAUCAUGUAGUAGAUCAAGCAGCAGUGUCAAACAUUUGACAAUAUCCUGCAAGGACAUUUGGCAACCCUAAAUCGUAUUUGUGGAUCCACCGGUCCUCACUGUCCAUGGUUACAGUCAAUCAAAUGAUGGUACCAUCAGUGUGAUGUAAACCCUAGUUGAUCACAUCCUCUAAAUACAGAGCACAGUAUCAUUAGCAUAGUAUCAAAUCUCAACUUCUCAUUUGAUUUAGUUUUCUCAGUAACCAUUCCACAUGUGUAUAGAGAUGUUAACCUUUCAAGCCAUAUAGAUUGUUUGCUUUGUUUUCAGCAGGUCUAGUGAAUA